AUGGAGUCAUCUAAAGAGACAGGUUGUCGAGCUCCAGAAGACCCCGUCCUUUGCAUCAAAGACUGUGAUUUUUUCGGUAGUGCAGCUACGAUGAAUAUAUGUUCCAAGUGUCAAAAGGACAUGAUACUACUGAAGCAGGGACAUGCAAAGCUUGCAGCUACAUCUAGCAAAGACGUCGUACGCAGAAGAUCAAGCAACGAUGAAUCAGAACUUGCUCUUACAGGUGCCGCAGUUGCAUCUGUAGAUUUUGUCUCUCAGAUUUCACAAGUGAAGUCAAAAAAGUUCAUCAUUAUUCAGACAAACACAACUGCCCGUUUGAUUAUAGGAAUGUUGGGAAUAUGUUCUUGUUUUGUCCCAAUUUCUGGGCUCCUUGUCCAGUAUAAUAUGCAUAAU